AUGGCACAUUUCGAACAAAUAGUUUUUAAAGUUCAAAUAAAAUUUACAAUUAGAAGUGAAUUCAAAGUGGAGAGUUGGAAAAUGGCAAAGGAAAGUCGGUUGAAAACUUAUUUCAGAGCAACAACACUUCAUGGGUUUGCAUAUCUUGCAAAUAAAAGAAAUUCAUUAGCAGAAAAAAUAUUUUGGAUUUUCGUUCUGAUUGUUUCCAUCGGUUGCAAUAUUAUUUUAGUGAUGAAGCUUUUUGAAAGGAUUGAAUCAAAUCCUACAAUUAUGUAUCGAUCCAAUGUUGCAACACAAGUGACUGACAUUUCUUUUCCUGCUUUGACUUACUGUUCAUCAACUCUGAAAGAUUCGUCAAGUAGAAAUACUGCAUUGGUUAGGACUGCUUGGAAGUUAAUAACUGAUAAUGAUACAUGGGAAGAUGUUCAUACUAUUCAGCCAGAAAUUACAAAACACAUCUCCAAAUUAAUUGAAGGCAAUGUCUUCUCGUCCUUAUGGUUCCGUGGAAGUUGGUUGAAUAGUUAUUUAGUAGAAAUAAGGAGAUCUUUAAUGUCAUGUGGAAUUUGUCAAACAAUCAACUUAGCCGAUAUUAAUGAUGUCAUAAAUUCAAGCAAUGUUUCUCACGCUUUUAAUUUCGCGAAGUUAGAGAAGCUUCAUUUGAGUUUUAAUGGAGAUGAUGCGUUUUUGGAUGAAGCUCUGGAGAUAUAUCCUUGGAAAACAAAUAAUUAUGGUUCUGGUAUUCGAGGACUCAUCAAAACCGAACCAACAAAGAAAGCUGGAAAUGGAUUCAUCAUUUUUAUUCACAAUCCUUAUGAAUUGCCUUAUGAAGGUCAUCAACAAAUGAUUCUGAAUGAGGAAGAAAAGGUAACUUUUCUCGUAGAACCUCGUUUGAAGAUCUUAGACGAGUCUUUGAUGAAUUUACCAAAUGAAAAGCGCAAUUGCUAUCUGAAGGACGAAAAGAAACUUUUCAUGUUCAAAGUCUAUACGAAGCAUAAUUGUCAACACGAAUGUUUGUGGUUUUAUAUUCGAGAUCAAUGCGAUUGCAUUCCGUUUUACAUGUUUCAAAGUCCUUCGACAACAAUUUGUUCUGUUGAUAAAAAGAAAUGUUACAAAGAAGCACAUAAAACCUUUUGGGAACUUCCACCAGAAUUCUGCAAUUGUUUGGAUUUAUGUGAGAAUCUCGAAUAUAUCAUCGAGAAACGCAAAUCUUUAUUCAUUAAAGAUUUGAUAGAGAAGCAUAUGGAGAAGCAAAUGGAAGAUACACCAAAAUCUUUUAUAUCCAUUCGGUUCAAGAACGAAGAAUUUUAUCCUUUAGUGACCAGCAGUUUCAUGUCAUCUAUUGAUCUUGGCACGCAGGGAGUCAUGACUGUGAUGGAUAAUCCAAUGAGCGUCUCAGAAAUUCCGUUUCCUGCUGUCACAUUUUUCACUGAACAUCCUAAAUCCCUUGCUAAAUCCCAUAAAAAAAAGCCUGAAUACAUUAAGAACAUAGCAUUAUCAGAUGACUUCAACGAGACUUAUGCAUGGCACGCACAUGACAUUUUUAAAGGAAUGACAGUUGAUGCUUUAAUUAUUGGGAAAUUUUAUUAUUUCUACGAGCAAACUCGAUUUAUAGAAGAUAAUACAAAUUACCAUGUUAGAAGCUUUUCUGAUUUGAUUAUUCCCCAAAUAAAAAACAUUUCAACUACAAGUUGGAUUCAAAAUCAGAGUGGUUUGUGGAUGGACAAAUAUGAAACUCACUUUUCGGAGGUAUUAACAUCAAAAGGCAUCGGACUUUCUUUCAAUGCAUUGAAUGUCAGCAGCAUAUUGAGAUUUGAUCAACUUUCAGAAGAUUUUCUUAACAAUGAAGAUAUCAUUUUUAAAGUAGGAUCAGAAACAUUCAAUUCCGAAAAGCCAUGGAAAGUUGCAUCAGCUGACAACUCUUUGACAUUCAAGAUCUCGACAAGUUCAGCUGCCAACAAAGAUUCUUACAAAAAAGCAUUUUUUGUUCACCCAAACAACGAGCUGCCGAUGAAUCUCUUGCAAUCUGACGAUGUUAUCGUUUUCGAAGGUGGAAAAUCACUUGAGAUCUUGAUCACACCAGUAAUGAUAACAAUCAAUGAAGACGUCGAAUCUCUUGAGUUGAAUGAACGAAAAUGUUUCUUAAAAGGAGAAAAGCGUUUGAGAUUCUUCAAAACUUACACAAAACGUAAUUGUGAGAUCGAAUGUUUCGCUAACUAUACAGAAAGCAUUUGUCAUUGCGUUACGUUUUCAUUUGUGAGAGAUCCUCUGACAAAAGUUUUUCAUAAAUUUAAUAUUGAGAUGGAGAAGUCGUCGCAUAACAAUGAUCAAAGAAUAUGUAGAUCCAGUUUAACUCAUAAAACUAAAACAUUGCAUUCACAUUUUGAUGCAUCUUAA